AUGAACCAGACCGGCUUGAUGCAUGAAAACGAGAAUAGGGGAUCUGAUUUGGUCCACCGAGGAGUUGGCCGUGCCCUCAGCCGGGUUAUUGACCCAUGGAAGGCGCCAACCAUCGCCAGCCAAGCCGUAGUCAUGGAUCUCGUUGAGAUUUAUUUCGAGAUUGUUUAUCCCAUAUUUCCGUUCUUUCACCGUCCUUCGUUCAGCCGACGCAUCUCGCGAGGUGAGUACACGACGAGCAAGUCUCUGUUUGCUUUGACAAUGGCCGUGUGCGCUCUGGUGAGUGGCCGAGUGCGGGACGGAGCGGUGUCCAACGUGAAAUGGGACAUGUCACCGCUUUACGCGAUAAAACCAGACAUAUUCUACGAAGAGGCAAAACUGCAACUGGUCAGCCUUAUGACUGAGUCUGAUAUUGAUGUUAUCCGAGCUCAUGCGACCUUGGCAAUCACGGCGAUCCAGGAAGGGAAAAUACGUGAUGUGCACAUGCAUUUGGGCAUCUAUCAUACGCUGAUAGCGAUGGAUGGGCUACAUGACGAGUCCAAUUGGCCACGUGAUAUCGGGAUAAUAGAGCGAGAGGAACGACGAAGAUUGUUCUGGUCCAUGUACACGUUGGACAUCUACUCUGCUGUUGUUUGGGGUAGUGUCAUUCGAUGCAGGGAGCAUCAAUCCAAUGUGGCCUAUCCCGUCGAAGCAGAUGACGAAUUGAUUGAUGACAGCGGCAUUAUUGGGCACACCGUUCUGCCUCGCGACGUUGGGCCGAUUUGCAAUUCUCCUGGUACCGACGGAGUCGACUGCUGGCUGUAUGGAUGGAACUUCAUCACUGACCUGUAUCGUGUCCUGGAGCAUGCCUUGGCCGGAUUCCAAGGCCGGCGGUGUCAGGUGACAAGGAGCGCGUUUCUGCGCGACAUCUUCAAAGAAGACGCGACAGUCGCAAGGAGAACCGUGCAGGCAAAAGUGCUACACAAGUAUCACAGUUUACCGGAAUCUUUCAAGUACACGCCUCAAAUGACGUACAACAUCAAUACAGAUCGCUUCGGGUUCCAAGCCGCCAAUAUCACAGCCACUGUGCAACUUCUGCGAAUUGUUCUCCUCGCCGUCGACGGUGCAACUGUUGAGGAGCGUUGCGAAAUUGCUAGUGAUGUCGUGGGAGCGUUCACAUCGGUCCCUGUCGCUUACCUUCUAUCCAUCGGAGCACCUCUUCUCUACCAUCUUGGAGGAAUCGGCACGAUUUUGGCGUCGGUUACUGAAGAAGCCUUGAACUUGGUCGACUACGAAAGGAUCCGGCAUGUGAUGCGCUCUCUUGCGCAGCUCCUGGAAAACUUGGAGGUUAUUCAACACGGCGCGAGCGCCAGCAAGAGGCUGAGGACAUUGGUCUCUCAUAUAGACGAGGACAUUGCGCGCAAGAAAGCAGCUACCCCGCCUGAAAAUCCGCUUGCGAACCCUGACAUUCUACAGCAGACGAUACUUCAAAGCCAAGAGCAGCAAAACCAGAUCGACAUGGACAGGCCAAAUUGGAUGCUGGAGAUCUCUGGUAACAUUUUAGGAGACUUGACAUGGAACUUCGAUUUAGCCUGA